AUGGAUGCGCCCCGAAGAACUGAACCAGAAACCGAUGAGGUACGAUGUAGACGGUAUGAAAAGCUGUUUAGAACACUGGAUGUCGAUGGAACAGGUCAGGUUGAUCUUCAGGGCUUGAGGAGAGCGUUUGAUAAAUCUGGUCACCCUCUGAGAGAUAGCGAUGAGGCUAUUAUUGUUCUUUUCAACGCGAUGGACUGUGACAAGGAUUCAAUAGUGGAUUUGCAAGAUUUCAGCAAGUAUGCCUCUAUGGCAGAAUCUCAGAUAGAGAAAGGGUUCGAAAAACUUGACUCUGAUCACGACGGCAAAGUUAAACUCUCGGAAGUUUCACAGUAUCUGUCAAGACUCGAUAAUAAUUGCAAGAAAAGUGAACAGAUCGCUCAGCUUGAGAGAAAUAUGGAAAACAGAAAGAAUGAGUCGAGAUUCAACAUUUUCCUAAACUGGGCUUUUCUCACAAAGCCUAAGGAGAAGGAUUUGACACCUUAUAUUACUUACGAUCAGUGGAGAGAUUUCCUUUUAUUCAUGCCAAGGAAAGAAGGUUCCAGAUUGCAUACCGCUUAUUCAUAUUUUUGUUAUUUUAAUGCCGAUGUCGAUCUAUCGUCUGAAGGUGAUAUGACACUAAUCAAUGACUUUAUCAACGGGUUUGGUUUUUUCAUAGCAGGAGGGAUUUCAGGCGUCAUUUCCCGUACUUGUACUGCACCAUUGGACAGACUUAAGGUCUUCCUAAUUGCGAGAACUGAUCUUUCUUCAACACUUCUAAACUCCAGAAAGGCUCUUUUGGCGAAAAAUCCACAUGCCGACCUAGCAAAGAUACGGUCACCUAUCGUUAAGGCUAUCACUACGUUGUAUAGGCAAGGCGGCCUGAGAGCAUUCUAUGUUGGCAAUGGACUUAAUGCUGUCAAAGUUUUUCCUGAGAGUUCCAUGAAAUUUGGUUCGUUCGAACUGGCGAAGAAGAUGAUGACCAAGCUGGAAGGUUGUAGGGACACUAGUGAGUUAUCUAAGUUUUCUACUUACAUUUCUGGUGGCUUGGCUGGUGUAGUAGCCCAGUUCUCUGUCUACCCUAUUGACACGUUAAAGUUCAGAGUACAGUGUGCCCCUCUUGAUAACGAGAUAAGAGGCAACAAGUUACUAUUCAAAACAGCUAAAGACAUGUAUCGUACGGGAGGUAUCAAGCUAUUUUAUAGAGGUAUCACUGUGGGAGUUAUGGGUAUAUUCCCCUACGCUGCAUUAGAUUUGGGAACAUUUUCUGCAUUGAAGAAAUGGUACAUUUCUAAUAAGGCGAAAAAAUUGGCAAUUCCAGAGUCUGAGGUAUCUUUAAGUAAUUUGAUCGUUUUGCCGAUGGGUGCAUUUAGCGGUACCGUUGGGGCCACUGUUGUGUAUCCGAUCAAUCUUUUGAGGACCAGAUUACAAGCCCAGGGUACUUUUGCACAUCCAGCAACCUACACAGGCUUUCGAGAUGUGCUGGUGAAGACGAUUCAACAGGAAGGUUACCCAGGACUUUUUAAAGGGCUGGUACCGAACCUGGCUAAGGUUUGUCCCGCGGUGUCCAUAAGUUAUCUAUGUUAUGAGAAUUUGAAGAGUCUGAUGAAGCUUGAAUAA